UUUACCUCCUUUCUUACUCUCACCUCUCUUCUCCAUCUUCACUUCACUUUCGUCCAUCAUGUCAUACAGAAAUCCCUACGAGACCAACUACGGUGCCGGUGGCAGCAGACCAUAUGGCGAGAACAAUGCAUACGGCGAGAACUCGUACUCGUACAACAACUACGAGCCACACCGGACGUACGACCAAGGCUUUGAUCCGUACCGCGAUGCGGGCGGAUACAGAGAUGAGCCCAGCGGGUUGGAUCAGAGCGGAUAUGUGGGCAAUGCCCCGGCGAAGAAAGAGACCAGCGUAUUCGAGAAGGACGAGCCGUUCUCUGCACCUAGGAGCACGAGUGUCAGGCGAAAAGGCUCUAGGUCCGCUGCUACGAUCCGCACGUGGAGGUAUGAGCAUCAGGAAUCCAACAUGUGGACCGCGGGCAGUCGCGGAAGAUGUUUCGGUCGCUUUCUCUGUUGUUCCUUGAUGACAUUCGUCUUCCUACUCGUGAGUAUCGUGCUGGCCCUGGCUUUGUGGGUUCGCCCUCCCAGUGUCACCAUUGGCCAGCUUUCGACAAUCACGAAUGGCAGUGCUAUUCAAUUGAGUAGCGACGGCUUGACCGUUAAUCUUAACGUCAACAUUUCGGUGGACAACCCCAACUUCUUCUCCGUUGCUUUCAAGAAGAUCAAUGUGGAUUUACACUAUCCUAUCAACAACACUGAUGUUGGUGGAGGGUCGAAGAAGAACAUAGACUUUGAAGCUCAUUCAAACAAGACUUUCGACUUCCCAAUCAGCCUCGAGUACACCCUUGCCGAUGAUCCCAACAGCGCGAUCCUCGCGGAUUUGGCAACCAAAUGUGGCUUCAUCGGCGGCAGCAAAUCCGACAUCACGGUGGACUACGACAUUACGCUGGGUUUGAGGAUUCUUUUCAUCACCGUGUCGCCGCAAAUUAGCAACAGUUUCAGCUUCGCGUGCCCGUUGGACGAAUCAGAUCUUUCCGGCUUGCUCAAAGAUGCGGGCAUUGAUAUAAGCAGCUUGUCGAGUAUUCUUGGUAGUUCCUAGUCUUGCCGUACAUAGAUCCACACUCUAUAACCUUAGCAUGCAUUUGAAGGACUUUGGACUGUACAUGUAAUCUCAUGCUCAAUGGACACUAUCCGC